CAUUCUACGGAUUGUUCUGAGGAGCAGCCAUGUCUGCCCUGUACCCGUCUCUGGAGGACCUGAAGGUGGACCAAGCCAUCCAGACCCAGGCCAGAGCCUCACCUAGGAUGCCUGCUUUGCCCAUCCAGGCCGCAGCUGUCUCCUUGCCACCAGUUUUGUACCCGAACCUGGCAGAAUUGGAAAAUUAUAUGGGUCUUUCCCUUUCCAGCCAAGAAGUCCAGCAGAGCCUGCUCCAGCUUCCGGAGGGUGACAGUACUGCGGUCUCGGGCCCCUGGCCCGGCCAGGCGGUGGCACCCGUCACCGGGAACAACCUGGGCGUGCGGCGAGCGGAGAUCAAGCCCGGGGUGCGCGAGCUCCACCUGUGCAAGGACGGGCUCUUUGUGCAGUUGGUCCAGGCCAACACCCCUGCAUCUCUCGUGGGGCUGCGCUUCGGGGACCAGAUCCUGCAGAUCGAUGGACAUGACUGCGCAGGGUGGAGCACCCACAAAGCCCACCGGGUGGUGAAGAGGGCCUCAGCAGAGAAGAUUGUCAUGGUAGUUCGGGACAGGCCGUUCCAGCGGACUGUCACCAUGCACAAGGACAGUGCAGGCCAUGUUGGCUUUUUCAUCAAGAAGGGGAAGAUCGUCUCUGUUGUCAAAGGGAGUUCAGCAGCCGGCAACGGGCUCCUCACCCACCACUACAUGUGUGAGGUGAACGGGCAGAAUGUCAUUGGGCUGAAGGACAAAGACAUCAUGGAGGUUCUGGGCACGGCUGGGGACAUCAUCACCCUGACCAUCAUCCCCACUGUGAUCUAUGAGCACAUGGUCAAAAAGUUGUCCCCAAUCCUGCUCCGCCACACCAUGGACCACUCUGUCCCAGACAUCUGAAGCCACGGGAGGGCAGCCCAGGCCCUCCCACCCUCC